AUGAGCGAGCUCACUCACCCCACCAUCGUGGAUGGCUGGUUCUCUGAGAAGUCCGGCAUGUGGCCCGGUCAGGCCAUGAGCCUCAAGGUCAACCAGAUCAUUCACCACGAGAAGUCCAAGUACCAGGAUGUCCUCGUCUUCGAGAGCAGCGACUACGGUACCGUUCUCGUUCUGGACAACGUUAUCCAGUGCACCGAGCGCGAUGAGUUCUCCUACCAGGAGAUGAUCACCCACCUCGCCAUGAACUCCCACCCCAACCCCGAGAAGGUCCUCGUCAUUGGUGGCGGUGACGGCGGUGUCCUCCGUGAGGUCGUCAAGCACGCCUCCGUCAAGGAGGCCACUCUUUGCGACAUUGAUGAGGCUGUCAUCCGUGUCUCCAAGAAGUACCUGCCCGGCAUGGCCAUUGGCUUCCAGCACCCUAACGCCCACACCCACGUUGGUGAUGGCUUCGAGUUCCUCAAGAACCGCCAGAACGAGUUCGAUGUUAUCAUCACUGACAGCUCCGACCCAGAGGGUCCCGCUGAGAGCCUCUUCCAGAAGCCCUACUUUGAGCUGCUCAAGUCUGCCCUUCGCGAGGGAGGUGUCAUCACUACCCAAGCCGAGAACCAAUGGCUCCACCUGGACAUGAUCGCCGAACUUAAGAAGUCCUGCAAGGAGGUCUUCCCCGUCGCCGAGUACGCCUACACCACCAUCCCCACCUACCCCUCCGGCCAGAUUGGCUUCAUGGUCUGCUCCAAGGACGCCACCCGCAACGUUCGUGAGCCCCUCCGCACCUGGACCGCCGAGGAGGAGCAGAAGCUCUGCCGCUACUACAACCAGGACAUCCACCGUGCCAGCUUUGUUCUGCCCAACUUCGCCCGCCAGAAGCUCGGCAACUAA